GCCCUUCAACGUUUUACACUCGCCAGUUGAGUUGGAUCAGUUCUGUGCGGGCUCGGUAAUUGGACAGUCAGUCCACGUAGUUCAGGUUCAAAGUUAACACAGUGACAUGUAGGCUUAACAAAUGCUGGGCGGUCGGCUUUAGUGGGUCGCGGAAACUUCCUCUUAAUAGGGCAGUUUGGCACAGUGUCUUGUAUACAUUAAACAACCCCGGAGGAUUUGUGUUUCUCUCUACCCUAUAGUGGGGUUUGGGGGGGGGGAGGGUGGGGAAGGCUUCGGUUCACUUGCAGCCAUUUGGAACCACGGCGAAGGCAUGUUGAAGAGGCUGAGGGCUCGGAACCCCCCUGUGAAGAGGAGCCCAGCUCCUGUCUGCGAGGAGCCGCCGGAUAAUGUGUACUGCCGACCCCACUUUCUGCACCAGACGGGAGAGACGAUUCUGGAUCAAACGGUCAGACCCAUCUUGUUCCCUCCCAGAAACAAGAAGUUGCCGUGGAGCACGGGCUAUGCAGAGGUUGUAAAUGCAGGCAAAAGUAUUGUCAAUGAAGAUCAAGCAACCUGUAGACCCAUCAUCCUCAAAAAGAGAGUUAACAUUGAUGAAGACUGGGUCUUUCUGUGCCCAAGCGAAGACACACAAAACCAAGAGAUUAUGGCCACCUACUGGGGACUGUUUGAUGGGCACGGUGGCCCUGUGGCUGCAAUCCAGGCAUCCAAACACUUGCACCACUGCAUCAGAGAACAGCUGGAGGAAAUCUUCGAUGUUAUCAGCAAACCCGUCAGUGUCCUGCCCCCAAUCCAUCUUGGGGAACAGAAGGGGAAUGAGAGUGAAACCAGCUACGCAAGGGAGAAAAAGAUCUGUAUUGAGAACGUGGUGAGAGGAGCAGUGGAGAUUGCCUUCAAAAAAUGUGAUGAACUGAUUGGCCAUUACCAGGCAUCGCAUAAUGAGACCGGAGGAUGCACGGCCCUCGUUACUCUUCACUUGCAGGGAAAAUUCUAUGUGGCCAGUGCUGGAGACAGCAGAGCAAUUGUGGUGCAGAAGAAUGAUGUUACACCUCUGUCCAACGAGUUCACAGCUUUCACGGAGAGACAAAGGAUUCAACAUCUGGCAUUCCUGAAGCCCGAGUUACUUGGUAAAGAGUUUUCAAGGUACGAGUUUCCUCGCAGAGUGAAAAGAAAUGACAUUGGAAAGAAGAUAUUGUACAGGGAUUACUUCAUGUCUGGCUGGGGAUAUAAAACUGCAGAAGAAGAUGAUCUCAAGUACCCUCUUGUGCAUGGAGAUGGCAGACAGACUCGGGUGAUGGACACUAUCGCAGUCACACGUGGACUGGGAGACCAUCAAUUAAUGGUUUACGACACUGAUCUCCACAUAAAACCAUUUCUAUCUUGUAUUCCUGAGGUGACGGUCUUUGAUCUAGGGCAACAUAAAUUUGAACAGAAUGAUGUUCUCAUAAUGGCCACGGAUGGAUUAUGGGAUGUCAUGUCUAAUCAGGAUGUAGCAGACACCACAAAGAAAUUUUUGGAAGACCAUAAACAUGAAUCUCGCAGGUACACAAUGCUGGCCCAGUAUCUUGUACUUAAGGCAAGAGGUAUUCCAUACAACAAUGACUGGACACUAGAAGAUGGCAGCUUUGCCUCACCUGAUGACAUAUCAGUAUUUGUGAUACCACUGUAUAAUCUGGGAGGCACAGCACAACCUUUGACAUGAGAAGAUCCACAAGAUGUUCAUGGCUGGCUGGUUGUUUUCAAACAAAAGAAGGUGGUAUGAGGAUCACUGGAAAUUGAUAGAAGGAAAAAAUCCUUUGCCCUCUUGUUAUGCACUCAAUUGCUUUCCUCUCAUCAACCUGAUCUUUGAUUAUUCAUAAUUAACACCAUGGCUCAUGUGUCAUUUUGCUACCAAAAAGUAAUGUGCACUGUUACUAAUUCAGAAAUACACAUUUCAUGGCCUCUUGAUAGCAAGUUUAGGAUGAGAAUCCUGUCCAUCCUCUUCCUAAAUACAAUAUCAGUGUAGAAAUGUUAAGUAAGGGAUUUUUUAAAGAAAAGGUAUCAUUUAGAAUAGUUAACAUUGCUGUAUCAAAUUGUAUUAUUAGUUCUAAAUAUGGAAGUUUUCAAUGAGUAAAAAUUAUGGACAAGUGACCAGUUUGUACUUCUCUAAAAUCAUUGAAAACUAGUUCUGAUACCACAAGCCACCUGUAUCAAUCCACUAGAUGGCUUGUACAACAAUAUGACUGGUGAUUUAUAGAGCUUUAUUAAUGGAGGCAAAUGUCAUUUCUAAUAACUUUUGUAAUUUAAAAUGCUGAGGUAUUAUAUUGGACAGUUAAUACAUGUGUAGGCUCCUAGUGAUUUUAAAUCUGGUAUUUCAACAGGGACUCAAAGGGAGAAAUAAAAUGGAGUUUGUACCACAAACCAAAUUUCUCCAGUUGUCUGCCAGAGCAGAAAAACGUCUUAAAAAUAGCUUCCUGUUUCUGUAGCAUACCCACAAUAUAUUCAUGUAAUUAGUUAGUUUAAACCUUGCUAAUCUCAAGUGAUAGUCUGAAUUAUGAUGUACAGUAAUGAUACUUAAAGAUUUAUAUUACUCAUUGUUAAAUCUAACAUCAGACAAAUUCCAGAUUCACUCACAGGACUAGGGUGGAUGGCCAAUGCUAGAUACUGCUUUGGGUCUAGGUGUAAAAGUAGUGGAAGGGCUUUCAUUUAUCUACCCUAGUCACUUUUGAGCUGAAAUUACUUCCAGUAUAGCAAUGCCAUUUAUAACUCCAUUAAAUGUUAUGUUCAAUCUUUUCCAGAGAUGACAUGAUGUAUUAUUUUGUAAUUUAAUGUUGUAAUUUAUUGUACAAUUAAAAUUUUUAUUAACUUUUU